AACAGGAAACACACUAAAUUGAUCGCACACAAGCAUCGGUGGUUCCAUUUUAUGGUUAGCGUAAGAUCGUCGUAGUUCUACUUGUUUACAGAAACGUUUAUUUUAUCUCAGUUUCUUAUUAGGUGGAAAGAACAAAGUUUCCAAGAUGGGGGGCGGCGAUUUGAACUUGAAAAAGAGUUGGCAUCCCCAGACUAUGAAAAAUAUUGAACGUGUUUGGAAAGCUGAACAGAAAUAUGAGGCUGAACGCAAGAAGAUUGAGGAGCUUCAGAAGGAGCUGAAAGAGGAACGAGCCCGAGAAGAGAUAACCAGAUAUGCAGAGGAAACUGGUGCCAUCAAAAAAAAAGAUGAUCGUCUAGACUGGAUGUACCAGGGUCCCGCUGGUCAGGUGUCCAGAGAUGAGUACCUGCUGGGGCGCCCAAUUGACAAGCAGAUCACUGUUCAGUACGAAGAGCCAGAAAGUGGUCCAUCAGCUGAGACGGGCCUCUUGCCUGGGUCAAUCUUCAGCCCUGUCACCCCUGCCUCCAACCUCGAUCUGGCCGCCAAGAUCAGGGAAGAUCCCCUGUUUGCAAUCCGGAAACGUGAGGAAGAAAAGAAAAGAGAAGUUUUGACUAAUCCUGUGAAGAUGAAAAAGAUCAAGGAAAUGCUCCGCCAAAAUCUUGACAAGAAAGACAAGAAAAAGAAGAGGAAGAAGGAAAAGAAGGAGAAGAAAGGAGAUAAGGAAAAGAGAAAAGAAAAGAAACAUAAAAGGAGUUCAAGUUCUGAUGAAGGUGACAAAUACAGGGAAAAGUCCAGAGAUGUUUCAGGAGCAGAUACCAAAUCUCAUUACCAUCAUACAGGAUAUGGUCUGCAGCUCCCUGGUGGCAGACAUCAACAGACCAAUCACUCAGGGCGGCGUGAGAGGAGCCGGUCACGAUCUCCUCACCGAAACCACACGGACAGUCGCUCCUACUCUUCUUCCUCAUUCAGAGGUGACAAGAAGGCAGAGCCCAGAGCUCCCAGCCCACAGAGGGAGCGUUAUCAAAGACAAAGGAACCAUGUGUCCAAGAAGCUUUCUGCAGAGGAACUGGAGUGCAAAAGGCAUGAGAUGAUGAACCAGGCCAAGCAGAGGGAGGAGGACAGGGAGAAUAAUGUGAAGCGAUACAAGAAGCAAGAUGAGCAAGAAAAGCAGAGGGAGCAAAAUGCCAAGCAUGACCGUCAUGCUGGCUUUAUUCAUAACAUGAAGCUGGAGAGUGCUGCCACCUCCUCUUUAGAGGACAGAGUGAAAAGGAAUAUUCACUCCAUCCAAAGGACGCCAGCCUCACUGGACAACUUCAUGAAAAGAUGAGAACAUGACAUGAGUUUUUGAAUGGACUGGAAACACUUGUAAAGACUGUGUCAUUCAUACUUUAAGCUGUCUUUUUAUGUACUGAGGCAGCAGAUGAAAGGAUGACGGGGUUGGAACCCUAAUAUGGUGCUAUUCCAUUACAUGUUACUGUAUUGGGAUCAGUUCAGCAUGUCCUUUUGGAUUUCCAUUUUAUGAAGCCAUUACUAUCAUAUACUUUUUAUUCAGUAAUACCUCAGUCAUUGCUUCAAGUGUUCCAGCUGAGCCCAUGUAAUGAUGUUGAAGCCUUGCGUUGAGUCGUCAUGUGUGGGCAUAAACAUCUCUACAGCUACAUGCACACCAACACACUUCCUGUUCCAUGAAUUCUGCUAAAUUAAUAAUAAAAACACAUGGUAAAGUUGUCUGUGCAGCUUUACACGUUGCACAGAGAAAUGGCUAAUCCCACCUGCAGUGAGAUGGUACUGUCUAAUAGAAAACAAUGCAAAGGAAAGAAGUACUGAAUUGGACCGUUGGGUACAAUAUGGUACCAUGUGAUGGAAAAGCACCAACAGAGAGUAUGUGCUUCAAUUUUGUAAAGCAGAUUCCACAGUGGCUGUGUUCUUUCCACAGAGGCUGAUGUGUUUAUCUGUUUUCAGGGGAAGAUUCAUGUAUUGUUGCUUUGUACAGAAUAUAUUUUGUUUUUACAAACUGUUAGGAUUUGUUUUUAUCUAAACAGUUUUUUUGUAAUAUAUGGCUUAUAUUGUGUACUACUGCAAGUAGUUAGUGGUUUAUUCAUUUCCUCGAGCUGCUUCAUGCGGUUCUUUGUACAUUUAUAUUGUCACUAAAGAUACACUAAAGAAGUUCAGAUUCUAUGCUUCAUAUUAACAAUAUAUUGAAGAUUUGUAAUGAAUAAACAUAACAUGAUUUGACUCUUAACAACAGUCUGGGAUUUACAUAACUCAAAAAUUCACCUUACAGAGUCAAGUGCAUGAAUUUACAUUAUGUUAGUUGAAAUUUAAUUUUUUCCCCUACAGGUUACAGGAUAUGAGUUUUUCCUGUAUUGGCCAUCUGAUUGUAUUAAUGACCAUGACUGGGUUUAGGUGGCUUGUGUAGUUCUUCUCAAAUGAGCCAAGUUGAAUUUUAAAAUUAAUCAUUUUUCUAUUUGUAUAAGAAGAUUAGUUGCCUAUAGUGACCUAGGGUAUACUGUAGUUGGGUUCUGAUUUGGCAGCUAAGAGGAAAGUGGUCUACAUGGGGACCAAACUGAAAACCACAUUGUGUUAACUACACUGUUAAAAAAAAUAAAGGGAACACUUAAACAACA